AUGGGGUUUGCUGGGGACCCGGGGCAGCCUGUGGCACUGGGUGUGAAUGUUAGGGGUGGAUUUGAAGGGGAGGUGGAGGUCCCCAAAAUACAGGGUGAGGGGCAAGAGGAAGAAGCCCUUGGAGUAGCCUAUCCAAAGCAUGUCAACGAGAGAGCUAUUCACAAGACAAGGAAAAGAGAACUGAUUCUGGAGACUUUCUGGUGUGGCUUGACUGCUGUAAGUAGUGCUGAUUCUGCUAUGAGCUGGAUGCGGUACCAGCUGAGGACGAGGGCUGGCAGGAGAGACCUGUGUGAUCACACUGUGCCAGAGGGACCUGUCUAUGAGCCAGAUAGAAAUGUGCUGCGAAGGAAAGAAUGGGAAAGGAGAAAUCAGGAGGCCCAGCAGGAGGAUGGCACAUUUAACACAAGCUAUUCCCUCUUCAGUGAACCAUACAAGACUAACAAGGGGGAUGAGCUUUCCAAUCGCAUCCAGAAUACGUUGGGCAACUAUGAUGAAAUGAAAGACUUGUUAACUGACCGAUCAAACCAGAGCCAUCUCGUUGGGGUUCCAAAACCUGGGGUUCCUCAGACGUCUCUCCCCAAGCCUGAUGACCAUUUUAUUGCAGACUCAAGACUGCCACCUCCUCCUCCCAUUUUGAGCACUACUUCUUCCAAACCAUCAUCCCUAGCUGCCCAGCAGAGCAAAAGUACCACGAUGGGCUGGCAGAAGACUGGGCGUAAUGCCGCUUCAGAUGGCCAGCAGAGAGUGAGCAAACAUGGACACCGGUCGCUGGAGUCACACAAGGGUGACUUCAAGUUGGCGAACCAAAAAUCCAAUCUGGAGAAACUAAAACGCUAUGCAUCAAGUCCCACCUCCUCUUCCUCCACUUCCUCCUCCUCCUCCUCCUCCUCCUCCUCCUCUUCCUCCUCCUCCAAUACUGCCCAGCAAAGCUCACUGAGGGCCACGUUAGGAGAUAACAUCAGUAGAGUGCAGCAGCCAGCAAAGCUCAGUUGUAGCUCAGAAGGAGGAACUCAAGCACAAGAGAGGCCAGCAAAGCAUGGUGGUGGGCACUGCGUCCAAAACUUCCCACCCUCUCUUGCUUCAAAGCCCAGUCUCGGUCAGCAGAAACCAACGGCUUAUGUAAGGCCAAUGGAUGGUCAAGACCAGGCUCCUGAUGAGUCUCCAAAGCUGAAGUUACCAGCAGAGACGACCAAAUCAUAUAGGGGAGUGCCUUCCAACAAGCCUGAUUCGGCCAGGCCCAAGUCAAAGAUAGCCAAGUUCAACAUUCCUAAGCAAGAAGAAGACAGUGGAACAGGAGAUAACAGCUGCAUUGAAGAAAUAUUACGGGAGAUGACCCAUUCAUGGCCUCCACCACUGUCAGCUAUUCACACACCAGGAAAGGCAGAGCAAAGCAAGUUUCCCUUCUCAAAUAAGGAGUCACAACAGGGAUCUACAGGACACAGCAAUACAAGGAAAAGUGAUGUAGAGCCAAAGAGCCCAGAGAAAAGCGCAACCCAUACAUCAAUGCUAGAAGAUGACCUCAAGUUAAGCAGUGAUGAAGAAGAGAAUGACCAGCAGGCAGCACAGAGAUCUGCUCUCCGCGUUCUAUCUGACAGCCUGGUGGUGCCACAGCCCAAUGCCCGAGCCUCGGGACUCUCCAGCAAGGGGUCAAGCAGCAGCAGCUCCAGUGAAUCCGAGACCAGCUCAGAGUCUGACUCAGAGAGUGAAAGCAGCUCCAGCGAGAGUGACGGCAGCAAGCCCUCGCAUUACUCCAGCCCGGAGCCCGAGCCGCCGUCGUCCAACAAGUGGCAGCUGGACAAGUGGCUGAAUAAAGUUACCACGCACAAAGCACCCAUCCUAACCCACCAAGAUGGCCCAGCGCUGGAAGCCCAUCCCUACUACGGCCGCGUGAAAGUCGAGCGCAAACCCCACGGCGGCUGCAGUGCCUUUGGCUCAAUUAAUGCCAGGACUAGUACUGAAAUAGCAAAGGAGCUGGAGGAACAGUUUUACACCCUGGUUCCUUUCGGUAGGAAUGAGCUCCUGUCUCCUCUGAAAGACAGUGAUGAGGUAAAGUCGCUGUGGGUCAACAUUGACUUAGCUCUUUUGUCCAGGAUUCCAGAGCGUUUGCCCGAAGAACCGCUGGCCAUGAGCGCCGAAGCAAACCAGGCGGCCAGCCUCCCGCAGGGUAGUAGUGCUGAACCCCCCGCAGAGAAGGGUUUACCGAAAUCUAGAAGGAAACGCAAGUGUGAGAAUGAGGAAGAGUGCAGAGACAUCAAGAAAACUCACUUAGAACAAGAGAGUUCUUCACGAUUAGCUGCCUCUGCCCACAGCAUCACAACAGCAAAUCACUGCAAUAUGAAUGAAAAUAGCUUGGCAAUACCAAUAAAUAAAAAUGAGAAAAUGCUUCGGUCACCCGUCUCUCCCCUCUCUGAUGCAUCAAAACACAAAUACUCCAACGAUGAUUUAACUUCCUCCAGCAGACCUAAUGGCAGCAGUCUAUUACCUUCCAUCUCCUCCAGCAAAAAGCAAAAGGGUGAAAUCCAGUCGCAGCCACAUCCCGGAGACUUCAAUAAAGCAAUUCACAUCAAUUCAGAAAAUGUUCUUCUCUGCAAUAAGCCACAGUCCCAAACACAGCCUUGGUCACCUCUGUCCAGCACACCCAGGGACUGCAGAAGGACAAAGCUUAUCUUUGAUGAUAUGCCACGCAAUGCAGAUUACUUUAUGCAGGAAGCUAAACGGAAGAAGCAUAAAGCAGAUGCAAUGGUGGAGAAGUUUGGAAAGGCACUGAAUUACGCAGAAGCAGCACUAUCAUUUAUUGAGUGUGGAAAUGCAAUGGAACAAGGCCCAAUGGAAUCUAAAUCCCCUUAUACCAUGUAUUCAGAAACAGUUGAACUCAUCAGGUAUGCAGUGAGACUAAAAACCCACUCAGGCCCCAAUGCCACGCCAGAAGACAAACAGCUGGCAGCGUUAUGUUACCGCUGCCUGGCUCUUCUGUACUGGAGGAUGUUCCGACUCAAGAGAGACCACGCGGUCAAGUAUUCAAAAGCGCUUAUUGAGUAUUUCAAGAAUUCAUCAAAAUCUGCACAGAACCCGUCUCCUUGGGGUGCCAGUGGAAAGAGCACAGGAACUCCAUCACCUAUGUCCCCCAGCCCAUCUCCAGUCAGCUCUGUAGGAUCCCAGGGGAGCACAGGGGCCCCUUCCCCAUCUCCUAUCAUCAGCAUUCCUCAGCGCAUUCAUCAGAUGGCCGCCAACCACGUCAGCAUCACCAACAGCAUCCUCCACAGCUAUGACUACUGGGAGAUGGCUGACAACUUGGCCAAGGAAAACAGAGAUUUUUUUAAUGAUUUGGAUGCAUUGAUGGGACCUAUCACCUUGCACAGCAGUAUGGAGCAUUUAGUUCAGUACACUCAGCAAGGACUUCACUGGGUGCGGAAUAGUGCUCACUUGUCAUAAUGACUGCUUGCCAUUCACAUGGACAGUAUACCUUUCAUGGAUAACUCAGUUAUUCUGGACACUGUGCUACAGAAAUAGUCAGCCACAGCAUUGAUCCAAACAAAGGUGAAUAUUUCUUCAAUACUGAGCAAAAUUUUUCUGACUGUAGACAUGUAUGUGUGCAGCGGUACAAUAUACAGUGAUGUCUCUUCAGAAUGAAUUGUUUGUUCUACAUCACUCUCAAAACAUUUUCAUACACUAGAAAUACUAUAAAGAACUGAUCUUGAUGCACAAAACAUACCCUUUCUAUUCUUGUACUAAAAAACUCAAAAACCAAAAUCUUGAUUGAGCCGAGUUGAUUGAGCCGAGUGCAAUAAGCACAGAUCCCUAUUCAGGAAAGCUCAGAGUAGAUUCUUAACUUUAAGCUGGUACUGAAAUCCUGAUGACUUCAGCAGAGCUUAAGCACAUACACAAGGGCUCUCCUGAACUGGAAUGAAUGAGGGCAAAUUAUAGACAUGGAGAACUUUUACUGCGAGCAUGGGCACGUCACAGAAGUUUCAGUAUUAAUGUGCCAUCUCCCUGUUACUUCUCCACUGGAGCACAGAGAGGAGUUGUGUAGCCCCAUUAAGUCAGACAAAGAUGGCAUUCCUUCAUGUGCAAUAAGUUUCAACAAAUUGCAUGCGUUUCUUUAUCUCCUGUCUUUUUAAGUAACUUUAUCUCUUGUUCAGUUCCUCACCAACAGUACAACCUACGGUACCAAGCAAAAGGCCUGAAAACAGAUAUGCUGAUAGCAAGAACUUAAAAGAGACAGUGGAAAAUUGCAUUUUGUUACUGACAGUAAAUAGAUAAUGAAAAAAUAUGGCAAACAGCAAUCCACUUAGGAAAGAAAAUGUGUUAAUUUCAGCUGCACACACACAGAGACAGAUAUUUAUAACAGUUGUUGGCUUUCCAUGGGAAGGCUCCAUCCUGCAGAUUUUGACUUUCAUAUCUUUUUCAUCUAGCAGAAGCUUGCAACAUUUUCUUCCAAGCUGUAUGGGAGCAUUACAUGCAAUUUCCUUUAUCUGGGAAGCUGAGUUUGCUGCUCAUCAGGCUAAGAACUGUUUCCUAUCAUAAUCCUCUCACUCUCCAUGCAUAAUCCUCAACUAGGCUUUAACGCUUCUUGAUUUAUGGGAUGUUUUCAGUUCUUGUUGACAGGCUGUGUUUUUCAUGCCAGAAGAAUUAAUCCCAUAAUAAUUGGAGUUUAAUUUGGGUCAGCUGAGGUCAAGGCCAGUUCAUAUCAACUGUGCUUGCAUUCAGUGCAUUUUUGUUCAUUUUAAGUGAUUUUCGCAUAUUUAGGGAUGUUUUUCUGUAUUGGAAAUAUAAUUUUUUUGCAAUCAGAUUUGCACCCUUUACUCAAAUCAUCAGCUCCAGUGACUUCCAAUGGACUGUUCUUGUCUGAGUCACUAGUUAGACCCUUUCGUUAUUGUUUUCUGAUCUCAUUUACAUACAUAUUAAGGAAAUUUGAG